CAGUUCGAUGUUAGUCGCACGUGUAUGACGUUUUGACGUAACGUGACGUAAAGUGAAAGAUGGCGUCUGUAGACGUGGAAGACGAGAGUAUUUUGGUGUCUGUGUUUAAAGACAGUUUCCCGGAGAACUGGAGAGAAAACCCGGACUUCGCGGCCUAUCUGUGUGAGCUGAGCUCUUACGGAGUUGAGACGUUAAACCGUGAACCUGAGCGUCUGUGUGAAGAACGAGCUCAGAUCCUACAGCAGACCCGAGAGCUCGCCUUCUCCAACUACAAGACGUUCAUCCGCACCGCAGACUGCACUAAAGACAUCUACACACACUUCGGACGGGUGGAGCUCAGCUUGUCGAAACUCCUCCACAAACUACCGAGCUUUGGGGAAAAAUGCAGAGGCUUUGUGAAGCAAGCAGAAGAAAUCGGGGUGAGUCGGCGGAUGAACAGCUUGACUCUGAAUCGUCACACAGAGAUCCUGGAGAUUCUGGAAAUCCCACAGCUGAUGGAUACCUGCGUCCGGAACGGUUACUACGAGGAAGCGCUGGAGCUGGCCGUCUAUGUCAAGCGGCUUGAGAAAAAGCACUCGUCACUUCCUGUGAUUCAGGGCAUCGUGAACGAGGUGCGUCAGUCGGCCCAGCUCAUGCUGAACCAGCUCCUGCAGCAGCUGCGCAGUAACUCUCAGCUUCCUGUGUGUCUGCGAGUGAUCGGUUACCUGCGCAGGAUGGACAUUUUCACAGAGGCGGAGCUGCGUGUGAAGUUCCUGCAGGCACGUGGCAGCUGGCUGCGUUCUGUCCUCGCCGCCAUUCCUGAUGAAGACCCCUACGUUCACAUCACCAAAACCGUCGAGGCUUGCCGAGUUCACCUCUUUGACAUCAUCACCCAGUACCGUGCCAUCUUCUCGGACGAGGACCCUCUGCUGCCUCCUGCCGAGCAGGCCGUGAACGAGGGCACCAUUUUCCACGGCUGGGUGGUGCAGCAGAUUUCGCACUUUCUGCAGACGCUGGAACGGGAUCUGGAGCGUGGCGUGGGAAGCCGUUUGGACUCUUUGCUCGGCCAGUGCAUGUAUUUCGGCUUGUCUUUUAGCCGCGUGGGCGCGGAUUUUCGCGGCCAGCUCGCGCCCAUGUUCCAGCGUGUCGCCAUGGAGACGUUCAGCAAAGCCGUUAUAGAAGCUGCGGACAAAUUCAAGGAAGAUAUGAAUCUGUACACGCUCAUCUCCUUGCCGUCGAUGCUCGGGAACACCAUCCCGGCCGUGCCAGCCGGCGUUCAGCCCGGAACUCUCCAGCCUCCGAUGCGUUUGUUGGACUUUCCUCCGUUAGCCUGCUUCCUGAAUAACAUCUUAACAGCCUUCAAUGACCUACGACUCUGUUGCCCCAUUGGUCUAGCUGAAGAUGUUGCCAGAUGUGUUGAGGAGGCUCUUGUGAAGGUGACUAAACUGAUCCUGGUGUUCCACCGAGCGGAGGAGUCGGCUUUCAGCAGCCGCGAGCGCGAGCUCUUCGUCCAGUUCUGCUGUGCUUUUGCUGAGGAUAUGGUGCCGUUCCUCAACCGAUGUCUUCAAGUUCUCUUCCCACCAGCGCAGCUCGCACAGGUCCUCGGUGUCCCUCAAAGCCAAGUUCACAAACACGGCAACGUCGGGCACGUGAACGCGAGCGCCGUGCUGGAACCUUUAGACUUCGUCCUGCCUAAGAGAGAACCCGUGUCCCCGGUGCUGGAUCUUUCUGUGGAGCUGAGCGGCUUAAACACCACUGAAGCAGAACCUCCCGCUCCAACCGGACCAUCGUUUUCAGAGAAACCGGAACCUUCUGAAGUGGCACCAAAACCUGAAGUGGAACUCAACCUCAUCAGCCAACAUCUUCAGGAACCAGAACCUUCCCACGAUCCAGCAGAACCCAGAACAGACGACACGACCCUGACCAGCGUAGAUGAUCAGAACGAGUCGUUACAGCACUAAAUAACAUCUCUUUACUUUUCUGUGAAUUCUAUCUAGUUGGUCAGUCAACCUGCCUGGGGAAAGUCAUGUAAAUUAAUAGCGUCGUUUAUUAUUAGUGUGUGUGUGUGUGUGUGUGUUUUCUCUUGCACCUUUCGAAGCUCUGUGUCGAGCAGGGAUUAAAUCUUGCACCAAGACUUGAUAAAUAACAUGUAUUUAAAUUA